GCCAACGGUCUGUUCUCCAACGACGAAGUUCGUCCGUGUUGCAUUGGCCAUAGCACAGCGUCACUACGGCUGCUCCCAAUGUCUUUCAACUUGAAGGUCCUUGCAUCGCCGGCCUCCUCUAGCGUCUCAUAUAAAACAGGACUCACUCAGAAUGACAACUCAAACGUUACACCCCUUCGCUUUCCUCAUCAUCGAGACCCUUAUCUCGCGAACUUCACUCUAUGGACUACUUCGCAUCCUUUCCCGAUCACAAUUACCUUCCAUUCACUGCAUCUGGCGACCUUCCAUUCGACUUUGCAUCCCACGUGCAACCUUUAUUGGACCCAGUUCUACCCUCACCACCAGCAGCGCAGCCGGCGCUUCAUGCAGUUUCGGUGGUGGACGUGCAGUUGUCUCACGAGGACAUGGUUUAUUAUGUGCAAAAUGAAGACUUGGUGGACGACUCGAUCAGCUAUCUGAAGCUAGUCAUCACCGACGAUGAUCAGCGCGCGACUAACUCCA